ACCUCCCCCACAAUUUAGUCGGAAAAGAUUGGUGUACAAAAGGUGUGUGCACAGCAAAAAUUGAAGAAGCUACGACCAUGACAAUCACUUUCAACAACUUAGGUGUGCAAUGCGUCAAAAAGAAAGACAUCAAACAAUCUCUCAACCUACGAGAAGACAUCAACGUAGAUCCGUUUAGAACUGGGUUUUCUCACGCUUCCGAACCUAGCAGUAUAGAUUUGAACGCCGUGCGUUUAUGUUUCCAAGUCAUCCUCGAGGGCGAUGCCCAUGGUAAAUUUACGAUCCCUUUACGUCCAGUUGUCUCUGAGCCUAUUUAUGACAAGAAAUCAACAUCAGAUUUAGUUAUAUGUGAACUCAGCCAAUGCACGGCGUCCGCGGCGGGAGGCCAGAAAAUAAUUCUAUUAUGCGAAAAGGUGAACAAAGAUGAUAUUACCGUGAGAUUUUUUGAAGAGCAGGGUUUAGUUUGCUGGGAAGACUAUGGCUAUUUUAAAUUUAGCAACGUGCACAAACAAACUGCCAUUUCUUUCAGAACGCCAUCUUACAAAAAUCAAGAUAUUGAAAACCAAUUUAAGGCAUUUAUCCAACUAAGAAGACCAUCAGACGGUGCGGUUAGUGAGCCUUUAGCAUUCCAGUUUGCCCCCACUAUAUUGGUAAGAAAGAUAAGAAUUAGUUUUAUCAAUACACUUUGA